AUGUCUUCCUCCAUCGCUAUUUCCUCAAAACUCUCCACAGUCGGAGGAAGACGAUUCGCGGGAGGAGAAGCGAUGGGAUUUACCGUCGGCGGAAAAUCUCUAGAAGUUCCCAUUUCACGAGAGGGAACUUCUCUUUCUCCGUUGCUAAACCAAAAUGCAAUGUGGCAAAUGAAUUUGGGGUCAGAUGGUGAUGGGUCGUACCCGGAGCGGCCGGGUGAGCCGGAUUGUUCAUAUUACAUUCGGACUGGGCUCUGUAGAUUUGGCUUCACUUGCCGAUUCAAUCAUCCUCACGAUCGCAAACUGGUUAUAGCAACAGCAAGGAUUAAAGGAGAAUACCCUGAAAGAAUUGGUCAGCCUGAUUGCGAGUUUUAUCUUAAGACAGGAACCUGCAAAUUUGGAGUGACAUGCAAGUUUCAUCAUCCUAGAAACGAAUCUGGGAUUGCUGAAAGAGCAUCACUUAAUGUCUUAGGCUAUCCUCUACGUCCGAACAAAGAUGAUUGCUCUUACUUUGUGAGAACUGGACACUGUAAAUUUGGGGGAACUUGUAGAUUCAACCACCCUCAGACUCAGACUCAGAGUCAAUCAACCAACCUGAUGGUUUCUCUUGGAGGCUCUCCGGUUUACUCUGCUCUUCAGUCUCCAACUGCUCAACAACAGUCUUAUUCUUGGCCGAGAGUCGCAAACCCUCCUCGUUGGCAAGAUCCUUCUAGUUUCGCCUCUUUAAUGCUACCCCAAGGUGGUCUUGUACCUGUACCAGGAUGGAACGCUUACACCGGUCAUUCACCUUCUGGAAAUGACCUGAAUUACAGAAACCAACAGCAUAUUGAUGCACAAGAGUCUUCAGGCUCUCAAGGAGGUCUCUUCUCGUCCGGUCUUCAUUCAGGAUACUAUGCAUUGCCGAGAGAGAAUGUGUUCCCGGAAAGACCAGGCCAACCGGAAUGCGAGUUCUACAUGAAGACAGGAGACUGCAAAUUUGGAACAGUCUGCAAGUUUCAUCAUCCUAGAGACAGACAAACCCCUGAUCCUGACUGUGUCUUAAGCCCCGAUGGACUCCCGUUACGCCCGGGAGAACCACUGUGUGUGUUUUAUUCGCGGUAUGGGAUCUGCAAGUUUGGUCCAAGCUGUAAAUUUGAUCACCCGAUGAGAGUCUUCACUUACAACAACAAUGCUUCUCCUUCUCCUUCUUCUUCAUCUCUGCAUCAAGAGACUGCUACCAUCACCACACAGCUCAGGAAUAUCCUAAUCUCUUCUUCUGUGGAAGCAACACCCACGACACUCCCUUCUGUCUCUGAAACAACCUCUGAUAAAGACUCCAUUGUUGAUGCACCACAACACUGA